AAUAUGCAUUCUUCAAUAAUAUAGCUUUGCAAAUAUAUACUUUACAAAUAUAUACAUAAUUCAUUCAUGACAUUUUUUAUUUAUUUUAAUUUAAAGUAUCCGUACUUUAAUCGUUUUUAAUCAUCUGACGUCAACCUAUUCAGACCAAAAAAAGUGCUCGGAUAAGAUCAAUAUUGAAUAAUCCCCUUAAUCAAAUUGCAUGCAGCUAAGAGUGAAAUGGACUCUUCUACAACUACUAGUUUCAAGUACCUUCAAAUAUGUUGUUACAGAUAUAGCCAAAGUCUUCAACUAACAACAUCAUAUCUAUUAUCUUGGACUUCUACUCAGCUGUAUCAUACACUCAUACCAUUUAUAAAUAAUGACAACAGCAACAUCUAGAUUGUAUAGCAUUGAAUCGUGUGAAAAACUUCAAAUUCACAGCUAUAAAAUAUAUGUGCGCACGAGGAGUUGAAGUUCUUGGACAUGAUAACGGAGAAGAGCGAAGCGAAUGUCGCUGCCGCGAUGCCAUCCGCCGAAUCGAAGACGGUCGUUCUCUUGACCACCCAUCAGCAACAGGUGCACCACGGCCGGCAGUCCGUCAACCGGCCACCGACUUCGGCGCUCAUCGGGCUCCAGCACCACCACCAUCACCAGGUGCCACCGCCGCCGCCACCACCACCGUCACACCACCAGCCUGUGCAGCAGCUUAACCAACAGUCGCCGCUGCACCACACCCGGUCCAGUAGCAGCCUGUCCGUGACUACCGACUACCGUGGCGCCGUCGAACCGCCGACCACGCCGUCGAUAAACCCGUUGGAGCCCGGCGGCAGCGGCGGUGGACGGCGGGUGGCCGUCAACGGAAAUGUAAUAUGCGGCGGUGUACUGGCUCAUCAGCCACACGCAGCCGUCUGUUACCCGCGACCCAUGUACCCAUUUCCGUUGCCACUGCCUAGCCCCGGCACCCUGUGGCACCAUGCGCAGCCCCAUUUCUCCACGCCCGGUUUUCCGCCGUUCAUCGAGAACGAGAGGUCCAGACACUGUUGGUUGCCGAUGUUCAACCAGGAAAUGCAACCGGAACCGGUGAACUUGCAGAACAACAACCACCACCACCGUCGACCGGAACCGAGUCGGGCGCUGGAAAUCGCGGGCAGGCUGCAGCAGGAGCGUGCGGCGCAAAACCGACCGGCGCCCGCGAACCCCCCCGCACAAGACGACCGGGAACAGACUAGACACCACGCCUAACCGAGACGAGCGCAGUCGUAGUACACAAUAUUAUUAUACUAUAUGAUACUAUAUUAUAAGUUCCAUUCUACGAUAUCGUCAUGAACCCGUUUAUACGAAUCGUUUACAACAAUUAAUACCUAAAUAAUAAUAACAAUAAUCAUCAUUGGAUGACGAUCGGCGACGGCUGUAUAGUAACAAAAAUCGAUAGGUAUUUAAUAUUUUCGUGGUUUUGUGUACGUGCAGAUGAAGGAGACACAUAACUACAGGCGAAACGCGAUCGUCCAAUUUUUUUCAAAAUUUGUAUAAAAAAGAAAGAAAAAAAGGAAAUUAAUGAAAAAAUCGUUACGACUUUAAUAUUAUUAUUAUAUUAUCGUCGUCAUUGAUCGAUGAGUUUAUGCGGUCAGAGACUUAAAUUUAUUGUUGUACCUAUUAUCGACGACCCCCCCCCCCCGUCAUCGGACUUUGAUAUCGUUGUAUUAUACACAUUUCUGCCGCCAGCACGUACAUUACAUAGAGUUAGAUUUAAUAAUAAUAAUGAUAAUAAUAAUAUAGUAGUAUAAGAGUACGAAAAAAUUUAUCCCGGCCCCGUAGGAUUAAAUGCGUCGAGUCGAACAAACGCGUGUUGAAUUGUAUAAAAUAAAAAAAAAACAUAUAUAAAACGCUGUUUAUAGAAAUAAAAAAAUCGAACAAAUAACGAUAAUGCAAACAGCGUGCAGCGGUUUGAGCGAAUCAACGUUUUGGCCGUUACCGACAGGUACCCAAAAAUAUACGAAGGUAUCGUCUAUUAUUACCAACUAAGUAUUGUAUAUUUUUUAUUGUGUUGCGUGUUUUUGACGUGACUUUAUUAUUACUCGCGACGACCGAAAAUGCGCAUCUUAUACGAUAAUGCUAAGUUGGGUGACUAAAUAGGUACCACCCGCGCGUCAGUGCCGACUUUUAAGUAAUUUCAAGUUUUAAUAAUGUACAUUCAUCGAAACGUACUUUUUUUUGGUAGGUAUCCGUGUGCGAUGACGAUGCGCGCGACUUAUUAAAAUAAUAUCAUACUAUACACUACAAGGUACGUGCAAUUUAAAAAUAUUAUAUUGUCGUCGCCUUAAAAUUGAUAUUAAAAUAUAUUAUCGUCCUUACAUAAUAAUAUUGCAACGGUCAACGCGACCGGUAAAACUCGAGGGGAAGUGUGAAAUCAAUGUGAAUUUAGCUUGUCAUGUAUCAUGUUUAUUAUUAUAUAUCAUUAUUUCGUUAUACCUAGUUAUUAUUUUAAGUUUAAAAACGAAUAUUAUGCAAUGUUAUUAUA